GUCCAUCUUUCUGGCCAUGCCGAGCUGCUGAGGAGGGCCUAAGGCAAACUACCGGUCAUGUCACGCAACGACGGCCCCUCUUACUCCAUAAGGAGAGCUCCACUGAAUGCCGUCGCUUCCUCUUCGACGCAGUCUCGCAGUAAUACCCCUAACUCGCGCGGCAUCACCCUCGAGGACUGGGAAGCCAAGGCUCCUCUGACCGACAAGCAGCUGCAAAGCAUCAAUGUAGUCAAGGACAAAAUCGGUCAGAGACCUCUGCCUUCCAGAUUCACUCAGCCCCCAGCAGGCUCUGCUCCGGACACACCAACCGCUCCCCGUUCAGCAAGAAUAGCAAUCCUCCAAUCUCCUGAUCCAUCAAUAGCACCUUCCGCUGCUCCUUCUCCUCGCUUGCCAGGUGGUGCCGUCCUUGUCCCGCCAGACACUCUGCAUCCGAACGCUAUUUCCACCCCUCAACAAUUCCAUGAGCACUUUACCGCCCUCACUCUCUCCACUGAACACGAACAGGACAGUCUUUAUCGAGAUCAUUUGGCUGAGAUAGUGGGUCUACGGGAGAAAUGUGAUGAUCUCAUACGGCUUUUACGAGACGGUGAGGGACAAGUGGAAGAAAUGUUGAAAUGUCUCGAGUAUGUUGAAGAGCGAAGUGAGUCUCUGCGAGGAGCUUGUGAAGAUCUCUUGGAAGAGCAGACUCAUCUUCUCACUCACACUUCUCAUCUCGCUCAUCGACUGACUUUCUUCACUUUUCUCGAAUCGGCCCAGAAAAUGCUCAACAAGCCCGGUGACGCUCUCGUGCUCAGUGAAGAUUUUCUCCCGAUGGUCAAACGACUGGACGAGUGUUUGGAGUACCUUGGAGAACAUCGUGACUUCAAAGAUGCCGAGGUUUAUCUUUUGAGAUAUCAACAAUGCAUGACACGGAGCAUGACCCUGAUCAAGCUUUACUUUGUCACAGCAGUUCGAAACCUUGGGGUCGAGGUGGGUAAAAGGACUACAGACACGUCACUUUCAGAAACCGCCACACACGCCCUUCUCUAUACCAAAUUUGUGACCCUUUCCACAUCCUUACGCCCUCUGAUCGCCGAGCUCGAACAUAGGGUGUCUAGCAAUCCUGAUGAGCUCGCGGCAUUGUUGGGGGAAUGUCAUUCGGCGUGGGUGACUACUCGUCAUACUUUGGUCGGACAUCGGGUCAACGAAGAGAUCACACGUAUGGAACCCGCAAAGUCAGAACUCGUUGAUCUGACACGUGCAGGAUGCAGUUACCUCAAACAAGUGUGUACGGAAGAGUUUAAUCUUUACAAACAAUUCUUCCUCUCCGGCGAGUCACAAUUAUAUGGAUUUCUUGAGGGACUAUGCGACUGCCUAUACGAUUAUAUCCGCCCUCGUAUCCUUCACGAGCCAUCCUUGGAGACUCUCUGCAGUGUCUGCACUGUCUUACAAGCCCUUAUGGUGCAAGACGUUACCGACGAUGACGAUCCGGACGCCACCGAAGUUCACACCCCAAGAUCAUACGCUUCCUCACCCGCAUUCUACGGCGGCGUUGUUCCUGGAGAUCAAGAAGACUACUUUUCGAUCCGUCCCGCCUCACGUGCUCGACCAGGUUCAUUUCGACAGACCUCUUACACUGGCUCCAUCUCUGGAAGGCAGAGCGAGAGAAAGAGAACCAGACCGCCCUUAUCGAGACUCCAUACAGAAGUGUUGUUGAAGAUGGUCUUACAAGACGCUCAGACUAGAUUGGUGUUCAGAGCGCAGGCGUUGAUACAAGCGGAUGUUCAAUAUUACUCACCUAAGGAAGUAGACUUGGACUAUCCCGAGAGACUGAAAGGGAAAGAUGAUAAAUUGAUACGACGUCAAUUGUCUGUAUCAUUAGAUGCCGAAGAUGACGACGAACCAGCUAUUCUCGCUAUGCCUCCCACUGAGACCCAGGAUGAGUGGUACCCUCCGUUACGAGUAACUCUCUGGGUAUUGUCUUGUUUGUAUCAAUACGUCGAUACUGCCGUAUUUGAGGAUCUUGCCCAAGAAGCAAUCACGAUCUGUCGUAGAUCUCUUACUACUGCCUCUGACUUGCUAUCAGCGAAAAAAGACAAGAUGGAAGAUGGAAGGCUAUUCCUCGUACGCCACUUGUUAAUUCUUAAGGAGAUGACUGCGGGUCUCGAGCUUAGUCGACGAGAUAGGGAGAGGGAAUGGUCCGGUAUAACGGAUUUCCUUCGGGCACUCCUUGAGAACGCUACAAUCAUGCUUGGUUAUGGAAAACCAACAUUACCCAGUCAUCUCCCAGAUGCUAAAACCGACGUCGACAGAGAGUUGAAACGAGCUUGUGAAGACCUCAUAUCUCUCUGCGCGGCACGUGCGACAUUACCAUUACGAACUUUCAUCGAUAGAUGUACCUCAUACCUUUCUUCCUCUCGUUCUUCCACAUCAACCUUAUCGGAUCAGACUUUCGCGUCUCCACAGAAGGUUAAAGAGGUGCAUGAUGAGUUCCGAAAGCUCUGUGUGGGCGAAGUAGACAGAUGGGAAUCCCGUUUGAUGUUGUAUCUUGGAGAUGAGGAGACAGUCAGAGUUCUGGUGCCUCCUGCUCAGAACGCAAUAGUCGACGGUUAUAGACAAUUUCACGAUCUCGUCCGAUCGGAAUACGACUUUUCGACUGCUGCUGGUAUUCUUACACCUUCUGCAGUAUACACACUUUUGACUUCUGGCACGAGCAUCGCUUCCACGGGAGGUAAUGACAAACACUAUUGACCGUUAAACGGACGUAGGGAAUGUAUGCAUAUGCCGUGGUUUUGAACC